AUGAAUGCCUGGAUGAGAUCCAUCGAUCAAGCGACAAUGGUCCUUUCUACCGCCCUCUCCGGCUUCUCCAUUUCCUUCGAUCAAGCUUGGGGAGCCGUAGCUGUCGCAAGCUUCAACAUUCUCGCCAUGAUCAUUCAAGCCAUCUGCCUCGUAAAAACUCACAAGCUUAUUCCUGCCCUUUCGGAGAAACGAAAAGCAAAGAAGGAAGCGUUAGAGUCAGACUCAGAUUCUUGCGGAGGAAAAAUAAAGAAAAUCAAAGAAGCGUUCAAAACUUUUUUCGGCGGCUGGGUUCUUUUAUUCACAUCCAAAGUGGCCAUCCCUGGUUUGGCUCUGGCAACGCUUUACGUCAACAUCCUCGGCUUGAGCUUCCCCCUUCAAGGCUACGGUCGAGAAAACUGUCUUUCCGAAGCGACAAUUUCCAUCAUCUACAUUGGGAGCGCCGUAUCUGGUUUCCUAGCGCCCAUUUCUUUCCCGUUUUUGAAACGAACUCUUGGAUUACUCGGAACUGCCUGUGCUGGGGCGAUUUGGCAGUUGAUAUUUGUUGGAUUGGGAAUUUAUGGACUGUUUGCCCAAGGAUCGCCCUACUUUCUUGCGAAUGAGAAUGAGUGCCUCGAUGAUUUAGUCACUGAUGAAGAAAUCUUCUCUUCUUAUUGGAUCCGCUGUCCUCCUGGAGUCAAUCUUCCCGAAUCAUUCAUCUCAAUUGGAGUGAUAUUUUCAUCGGCAGUCGCUCAGCGCUGGGGCCUGUGGAUCUUCGACAUGUCAGUGACUCAAAUGUUUCAAGAAAAUGUCGAUGCGGAGAAGCGGAAUCGAACAUCGGCGGGGCAUUACAGCUUGUGCUCGGUUUUUGAGUUCUCGAUGUAUGGAUUGGCCUUGGCUUGGGGAUCGUCCUGCCUUUUCGGCAACGCGAUCUUAGUUUCUUCAGGGCUCGUGGUUUGCGGAUACUCAAUGUUUCUGAUCUGGGCGCUUUUGACAUCAAGGAAGAAAACAAAACAGUUUCAAUUUACUGAAUUUUAA